CUAGCUCAGUUUGAUUUCAGUCUCGAGACACUGACUAAAGAUUUUAUACUUCUGCACUAAACAGUGUGUGAAAAUAUCACUCAAGCUCAUCUAGACUACUAUUUAGUGUCGGAGUAUGCGUUUUUUGGGGGUUUUUUUGGGCGAGUAAAUGGACUUCCGAGGCGUUAGAUCUCUUAAAGUUAUCUCAGAAAUUACUUUUUUUUUUUUUAGCUUUAGCUUUCUUACCACCAGAUUUAUUUAACUGUCUUUUAAAAAACACCACGCACACUCCCGCACUAGAUGUAGUGUUUGAAAAUUAGUACCCCAGCUCUACCUAGGCUACUGCUAAGUGCGGGAGUGUGCUAGUUUGGGACGCAGACUCAAGCGUCUCAAGUGUCGGGAGUCUCGCGCGCACGCUGCUCGUGAACCAGCUAGCUUAGCGUUUCCACGAUGUAUUGAUCGUGGGUUUUUUUUUCCUGUGUAGACCCUCAGGAGAAACAGGAUUUGUAAACGGUUGUAUUUAACAAAAAAAAACAAAAAAACAAAAAGAAACAAACCCAAAACAAAAACCACGACGCAAGACGAGACCUUUUAAAUCACCAUCUUCCCUCCGGGGUUUCGGUGGGAGAUGAUGGCCGGCGGCGCGCUUCAGCAGAACGGGAUAACGGUGACGGUGCUCUCGGCUCAGGAGCAGCAGCAGCAGCAGCAGGUCCCGCAGUCGCCCCCGCCGCCGCUGCCGCCCUCGCACAUGGAGUCUGAGGCGCUGGAUUCCCGAAAGAGACCGCUGGAGACUCCGACCGAGGCGGGGAGCACCAAGCGCACGAACACAGGGGAAGAGGGUGAGUACUUCCUGAAAGUGCUGAUCCCCAGCUAUGCGGCCGGUUCAAUUAUCGGUAAAGGAGGACAGACCAUCGUCCAACUGCAGAAAGAGACUGGCGCCACCAUCAAACUGUCCAAAUCUAAAGACUUCUACCCAGGUACGACAGAGCGUGUGUGUUUAAUCCAGGGUACGGUGGAGGCAUUGAAUGGAGUUCAUAACUUCAUUGCUGAGAAAGUGCGCGAGAUGCCUCAAAGUAGCCAGAAAAGUGAACCGGUCAGCAUCCUGCAGCCUCAAACCACUGUUAACCCCGACCGAGUCAAACAGGCUAAACUGAUCGUGCCCAACAGCACGGCUGGGCUGAUCAUUGGUAAGGGUGGAGCAACUGUGAAGUCGGUGAUGGAACAAUCAGGUGCAUGGGUGCAGCUCUCACAGAAACCAGAGGGCAUCAAUCUGCAGGAGAGAGUGGUGACAGUAAGCGGCGAACCCGAGCAGAACCGAAAGGCUGUAGAGAUUAUUGUGCAGAAGAUCCAGGAGGACCCUCAGAGCAGUAGCUGUCUCAACAUCAGCUACUCCAAUGUUACAGGACCUGUGGCCAACUCCAACCCCACAGGCUCACCAUAUGCCAACAGUGCUGAGGUUCUGCCUAGUGCUGCCGCUGCCGCCGCUGCCACUGCAUCCACACUGCUGGGCCAGGCGGGCCUUGCCAGCUUCCCCUCUGCAAUGUCUGGCUUCUCCGGCAACGACCUGCUGGCCAUCACCUCCGCCCUGAACACGCUCGCCAGUUAUGGCUACAACACCAACACUUUGGGGCUUGGCCUGAACCCAGCAGCUGCCUCUGGGGUGUUAGCGGCUGUUGCUGCUAGUGCUAACCCUGCGGCUGCCGCCGCAGCUAACCUCUUAGCAUCGUACGCUAGCGAGGCAUCCGGAGGAGCGGCUCACCCAGCUGCACCCGGGCUUGCAGGCUUCUCGCUGGGUUCUCUUGCAGCUGCCACGGGAGCUUCCAAUGGCUACCUGAACCCGGCCUCCUCCCCACUAGUGGCCUCGUCACUGCUGGGGACUGAGAAACUGGCAGAGGGUGGCAAGGAGGUGCUGGAGAUUGCCGUGCCCGAGAACCUGGUGGGGGCCAUUUUAGGGAAAGGGGGGAAGACGCUGGUGGAGUACCAGGAGUUGACAGGGGCACGCAUCCAGAUCUCCAAGAAGGGGGAGUUCAUCCCGGGCACACGCAACCGCAAAGUGACCAUCACAGGGUCGCCGGCAGCAACGCAGGCCGCACAGUAUCUCAUCAGCCAGCGGAUCACGUAUGAGCAAGGCGUCCGUGCCACAAACCCUCAGAAAGUGGGCUAGAGAGCGAACUCAAGCGAUAUGGGGAGGGAGGGAGGGCAGCGAGGAAAGGGAUUCGACAGAGCAACGAACAAGAGAGCAGACAAUGAACAAGAUGAACAAACAAAAGACAAAAACAGAGGAAAGAGGUCGGUAAGGGGAACAGAAGAAAAAAGAGGAUGUGUCCCUGUUCACAUUUCAGAGGAAAGAAACAAAACAAAAAAAUGUGAGGAAAGAAUGAUGCUCACCUGUGGACCUGGGGCAGAUGUGUAAAAAUUUGGGACUGAAAAUCUGCUGUUCUGUUCUUUUUUUUUUUUUUCUUUUUUUUUUUUUUAAACUGGAGCUAAGUGGUGUAGAUGAUGAGGGGCUCAGUACUGAACCCUGUGGCACUCUGGGAGGGAGGAGACUCAGGCCUCACCUCCUCUGUUUCUCACAGCCAGGGACCAGCUAGGUUCCAUUUUAUUUUUCUGUCAUUGGUGGAGCCUGAACAAGAUAGUCCAAAUUUAUGACGGAGACCUCCACAUAGGUAAUGAGUUUUGCAGCAGCCCCUCUUGGGGACAAUUCAAUAUCUACAGUUUGGCCCUUUACAGAUUUUUAUGUGUUUUAGGCCUGAGGCAGUCUUGUAGGGUUUUCCAAAAAAAAACAAAAAACUAAAGAUUAACAUAAGCAAGGCAGGAGAUUUUUUGUCUACUCACACUAGCCGUUUCAGAUCCAUGUUACUGGCUUUCUCCAAUUAAUCAGACAGCAGAUUACUCUCAGUCACAGUAGAUUUAGAUUUUACUUAAACCUGUGAUUUCAGGUUGACCUGAAUGUAUAAAGACUUCCUGGUCUUGCUUCUUUUUUUUUUAACAAAAAAAAAAAAAACGACAUAUGUGUCAGGAAGUCCAAACUGAGUCUUCGUUUGGCAUCAGCAGCCGAACCCGACUCAGCCACAGAAAGGCAGGCAGACAAAAAAUGUCAAAGGAAAAAAAGGUCCCUUCGAGAGGACAGGAAUGUAAAAACACACACACAGACACACACACACACCCACACACUCUGCGAGUGCAGUUUAGUCAAUUGAACCCUCUUUGGUGCUAUAAGGAAAUCACUAAUGAGAAAACAUCAGAGAUUUAAAUUUCUUACUUAGCUAGAUUUUAGCACUUUGGGGUUGAAUUUGCCUUCCCCUCCAUUAUUGAAUAAAAGCAAUUUUAUUGGUCAUAACGUCGAAUUGGUCAUAACAUCAUUACAAAUAAGGCACAUUAGAGAUAACAACAAAAAACACUUUUCAGCUGCUAACUGUAAUUUGGGAAUUAAUUGAUUCAAGAACUUCAGAAUCUGCAUGUGAAACAUCUCGAAACUAACCUACUGAUUACAGGACUCGGGACAAAUAUUAACACUGACAUUACCAUUAAGAAAUAAGCACCUCGAGUGUUAAGCCAGUCUCAAAUAUCCACUAUGUCGCUCCAGUGAACACUGGUGAUUUUUAAAAAAUGUGUGGGGUUUUUUGUUUUGUUUUUUGUUUUUUUUUGUACGAAUAGAGCUCAAGCUGAUAUACCUCAUGUUUGGACAGAAUGGAAAAGAAUUAAAGAUUUCCAGUUUGUAUGCAGUGCAACAAAGUCCUCGAUUGAGUUCCAGUUGGCACCUAGUUCACUACUGCGCAAACUAGCCUCGAUGUCAGGCUGCCGGAGGUCUGGCAGUAGAAGGAAGGGAGCGCAUUCAAUGCAAUGCAGCCUUUGUAAAAAAAAAAAAAAAAAAAUUAAUAGCAAACUGUUUUCCACUCUGAUGCUGGUGUGAGUUAUCUGGCAUGAAGGAAUCCCAUAUCUUAGUCAGACGCAAACAUGCAGAGAUCGCUCGUCUCAGAGAAACUGCACAUCUUCUAGCAUUAAGGCUCAGUGCUUUUCCUGUGCAGUCCUCUGGUUUGUUCGUUUGGUUUUUUUUUUUGUUUUGUUUCCUUUUAGGGUGCUUUGCCCGAGCGUAACAACCCUGUAUCCAUUGUGUUGUGGGAUGCGUUCUUUGGAAAACAGCAUGGCAGAGUAAUAAAUAGCAUGUUUUUUUUUGUUUUGUUUUGUUUUUUUUAAAGGCCAUACACUUAGCACCGUCGUCUCUGCUGCUAACUGCAUUUUUAAAUCCAGCAAGGGAGCUAUGAGGUACAGAACUUGUACAGAUAAAUACGAAGGUGAUCUCUUUUAAACCACACUGUGAAUCAAGCAGCCGACACCAUCCUAAACUCUGGAAUGUACUGUACACAUUGCAGCGUCCACUAACGCACAGCACAGCGGGGCUGGACGCUGUGGACCCGUCGGUUCCUCCAGCUGAGAGAUACUCCGGGUCAGCUCGAACGGCUCGGAAUUCACACCAGCCAUUAAUUAGCAGAUCUCCGCUCGAACCACGGCCGUCUAUAUAUAACCACGUGGCUAAGCCCGAUCUUCUACUGACCUAAAUACACACUCGCAAAGACAUUCAUCAACUGCCUCCAAUUCCCAGACCAUAAUCUGCUUUGGAACCAGGGGGAACAGAAAGCAAGAGUUAGAGGGAGGGGAAGAGAGCAAGAACGAGAGACACAGCGAUCCAUUUAUGUGCAUCGAAUUAUUGCGACAAAGAUUGCCUUAAGAAAUCUGUUACGUGCACUGCUUUUGGCAGGAAGUUUAUCAACAGACCAUUUUUACGAUAUUCAUCCAUCUCAAGAAUUGUCGCUGCUGAGGAGCAAUUACUGCACGCUGUCGGUUUCGGGCUAAAUAAUUUAUUUUUAAGAUUUGAGAUGAAAGUACAUAUGCAAUUUCAGAAGCACAAGCCCAGCACAACCGCGUGCAACGUCUCUGUGCAUUUUGUUGUGGAAAUUUAAUAUGGUGAAAAUGAAAAGACUUCAAAUGAAAUUGCAACUUCAUUAACCAUGGACUCUCCGUCUAUUUUCCGCUCUUAUGCUGCGUAUCUCCCCAGCCUCUAGUCUCAAUUUCCUUCUCUUUUCAGGCACUUUUUAAAAUGUUAAAUAUAUUCUUUAUUUAUUUCCAGCUGUCCGUUAUGUUUCUUUUUAUCCAUCCAUUAGUUACAUGGUUUAUUUUAUCGGAUGUGGUAGCGGUGGCGGUCCCCCAGCCGAGUUCAUCCAUCCUGUUCUCAGUCUCGAGAAGCUCGGUCAGCGGCGUAGAUUUCGUACACUUUUCUGGCCGCAACCUUCAGAUCCGAUUGGCGCUCGGCACUUCUACGUACUGUUAUUCAGCUUGAAAGCAAACUUUUAAAUGGAGAUGAGGCAGAGUGCAUCUUGGGCAUGUUUAUUGAAAUGUACCAGACCCUUUAACAAAGCUGGUGUUCCAUCCUGACAUCCGCGGUACGGUUCCAUUGGCUAAAAUCGCCCAUGCGGUUGCGUUUCUUACAUGGUCACUUGGCCAUUGUACUCAUGUGCCAGAUUGAAACGGAUUGAAAAAUCACUUAAAAAUUCGGUAACUACCUCAACACUGUAACUUGAACAGGGUCCCGAAGGAACCUUUCGCAAGGACGACGUCUGAACGGACGAGCUCUGGAGGGGGGACUACCUUACCACAGCAACACGCUAUCUUCGAGCUGCCUGCGUUCUUGCCCUGCUCUCUGGUUAAUGGUGGCAGUUUAUGAGUGUCUUAGAGUACAUUCCUUGGCCUCGAGUAAGUGCAGGCAUUCCUGCCCCCUCUCCUCUUUCCUCCAUGGGGCAGUGGAUGACUGUCAUGAGCACCAUGCCGUUAAACUGCGCUGCUGCUCCACAAGUUCGUCUUCUCUCUGUGAACUCUUGACCUGGAAACGGUUCUGUACCUCGACUCAAAUCCAUUUUCACACCUGACCUAAGAUCAGUUUGCCCUAACCGUUAUGAGAGUGUAAAUAGACUCGCUCCAACCCUCUGAACCACGGGGAAUUGGUGCUUUCAAAAGGAGGGCUGGAUGCCUGAAAGAUCCAGAGCAAGGAACUCUGGGAAAGGGGGAUGACGCCCACCUCAAGCUCGAACGAUGACCGUCGUUCGUAUCCUGUGCUCUCUAUCCUCUCUCUCUCGGAGAACGGUCUGAGGUCAUUCUUUUCCUCUCCCUUUUCCCCCUUUUUUAAAAUGAAACUGUGGAUUCCGUCCUGUCCCAUGGUCUUCGUGGAACUUUUAGUGUCGUUCUCUAGUUUGUAGUCUAAAUGCAGUUGUCUUGCGCCGUGGGUUUCAGUGUGUGAACUCCGUUAUACUCGUGUGUAUGACGACAGUGCCAAUCGAGCCAGAUUAAGAUUAGCUUUGCCAUUUGUUUGUGCAUUAGAAAUUCGCUCUAAUCGGAGUGCUGGUGUCCAUAUCGACGUCCCUGACGAUUCUUUUUUUUUUUCUUCUUCUUUUUUUUUCUCUCGAUCUACAUAAAUAAAAAUGUAAAGAAAUAUUGGAAGCAAUAUUGUAGCAUGUCGUCCAGUUUUUGUGUUUUUGUUAUGUCCGUUGUAUGAACCUUUGGAUUUAAUACACUUUUGAAUGAAUAGGUUUACAUGUACUUUUUUGUAAUACUGUAAAGAAAGUAAGGAAAAAAAAAUCGAAAAAAUGCUGCUAUUUGAUAAAUAUACAAGAAAUAUUUUAGUUGAAAAGAUGUCUGAUCCGUUUAUUAGAGUUACGCUCGUUUUUGGCAGGAGCACAAACGAGGUGUGUCGAUAACAAAUAACAUAGCCGUGAAAUAAAACCUGUGACCCACGCAGCUUCUUAACAUGUAGACGUGCGAUCAAGCAUUUUAGAUAUUUCGCUGACUAUUUAGACGCAUCGAUCAAGUGCCAAUCAAUCGAUACCUUUUAGUUCGAAUGAAAAGAUAAUCAAAAAGAAUAAAACGUUGAGGAGAAAAAAAAAACAAAAGAAGAAGAAAAACAUGAACAAAGAGCAAUGUCAGUGUUGUUUUUAACUCCAUAGUUGCAUAGAGAAUAAUAACGGUAGUUCUUUUAUGCAUAAACAUGGUUUUUAUACACUCGGUCGAGAAAGCAUCCUGUGCGUUCGUUUGAAUUGUGGCUUCCACGCAGCUCUUCCUUCAUAUUCUCUCUGUAGGUCGGCAUGGAGUAGGCAUAAACAUGUUAUAAUCAUGUCGUAAACGCGUUAUUAAGCACCCAUAACAUGUCCCAUUUAUGAAAGUGUGUUUCGUGGAGUUAGGUGUUUAUCUUUUUUGCACGUCUCUAUUGCAUGAUAUCCAAGUGAAUUAUCAGGGGGGCGGGGAAUCAAAACUAACACAAAAAAAUAAAUAAAUAAUAAAAAAAUAGAAACGUUUCGUUUGAGUGUCUAGAGUCAUUCUGAGGCACAGUUUUGCAUGUGGCGCAGAUCGAACACGUUUUCAGUUAACGGCUUCAAUUUUUAUUCCUUUUGCCUUUCUUUCUUUUCUUUUUUUUUUUUUUAAAGACAGAUAUCGGAAGAGCUCUUAUGGUUCAUAGACCGGCACGGUAACCAUGGGAACUGGCCCUGCACUGUAAAAAAAAAAAAAAUGAAAUGUUGGAUCAACAACGAGAUCUCGCAGCUAAAGGGUUUAAAGCAGUUCAAUAAAGAUUAAUGAAACUCUUUCUGGUCAAAAGUAACUCGUUAGGCAGCGCUGGCUCGGUGUAACGCUGCAUUUCUGGGGCAUUUCAGCGCUCUUGGGGUAAAAAAUAUUCUCCUGGAUCCACUUGUAAUGCAGGAUAAAAGAAAACGACCUCCCUGUGAAUAGGUUCAAGUUUGAACAGUCUAGUGGCGACACGAAUGGAAUAAAAAUUCCAACUCACGAUGAGGUCAGAAACAGAUUUUACCACAAUAUGGAAAUCUUAAUUUCGAUCUUUACUCUGUGUUCACACUAGCAGGAGACCAAGCGAUGGACGACGGGUCAGUUUACCACCUACGUGAGCGACACAGAGAUUAGAGAUUCAUAAUGUUUACUGCACAAAAUUGUAAGUGAAAUCUUAUCCAGACUUUUACGACCUUUCAUUAGAGUAUAUGGAGAAAAAUUCAAUCUGGAAGGACAUAGCAGAGAUCAUUUGGAGCUUCUCAUGACUGUAGAGGCUGGUAGGAAUCCAGACAAUGACAUAUAAAUCAAAAUAAUACAUUUUCUCCUGUUUGACAUUGAAAAAAAAGGAAAUCCUGAUUAGGCCACGCCCACAAACAACACAACAACGACAACGUGAAAAGAAACCCCAUGUGAAUGUGGGGGAGGUAGAGCUUUAAGGUAAAUAAUAAUGAAGGGUAAUGAGGUGUGUGUGUACAGUGCAGGGUCAGGAACACAGGUCUGUGGUUAAGUGGACAAAAUACAGCCCAUGCAUGCAAAACGUCUGCUACGUUACGUUAGGUUACAUUACGUUACCGUGUACGUCAUAUUCACGUGAAUCAGUUGGAUGUCGUAACUUGAUUCUCCAAACCCCGGCUGUAAUUUUUCUGAAUGUAUUUGCAUUUUUACAUAAAAAUGAUAACAGAAUGUUAUUUCCGUGUUCCGUGUCUGUAGGUGGAGGCUGUUGAAACUCAUGUGCGUGUGUUUGCGUGCGUGUGUGUGUGUGUGCGUGUGUGUAAGUGUGCGAACGCCGCAUUAGCGCCUGUGUUUUUAUCUUCUGAUGCCAUUUCUCCUUCCUCUCUCUCGUCAUCAAAUGCACUUUACUGAGCAUUAGGUCCCCAUGUCAACACACACACACAGACGUACACACACACUCACAUAUACACACACACACAGUGGAAACCUCCUGGAUGCAAACCGAAACCAAGCAACCUGUUCUUAACCUUCACACAGUGCGGUUUUCCUCUUGCUCUCGUUUUCGUUCUGUUUCUUGUUCUGAUUAUGAUUUCAGCUGUAUUUUCUUUGUAAUUUUUUUUUGUUUGUUAGUUUGUUUUCGAGGGAGAUCUGAAGGAGUGUGUACGAGAUUCCAGCAUUCCUCACAUCUCCCUUACUGCAUUCCCUUUGUGUGUGUGUGUGUGUGUGUGUGUGUGUGAGUUUUGUGUCUGUAAUUUACUGACACAUAAGCGCUUGUUACUGUUAUUUUUUUUCAAUGCUUUGAAUGUGAAAAGUGUUUUUUGAUUUGAAAUCUGUAAGUUAUGUUCGUUGAAGAGGAAUGGUAAAUAAAACACAGAAACCUC